GUGGAGAUAGAAGACAAGAGGAGGAAUGUGAGGAGAGGUGCCUAUAAGAGCUUCACGGCGAGACAGCUGCUGCUGACUUCUGAAUAGAUGUGAAGGAAUACGUCCCGUGCUUUUUUAUAAUGGUUCAUCUGAGAAAAUAGGAAGAGAGAUAAGGUUUUUGCACGAUAAAUUGGCGAUGUGAAGAAGGCAGAGAAGAAAAAAAGUCAAGCAAAAAGGAAGAAGACCAUCAUGUCAACCAAACUUUCAAAGAGGCUGAGCAGCAAGAGGAAAAAGCCCCCGAAGAACAAGGCUGAAGUUCUCAUCCAACUUGGUCUAAAGGCUUUCUAUCCCUCCCAACUGGAACCAGCGUCAAUAUUGGACCUCAGUACUUGGACCCUGGACAACCGUACACCUCGGGAACCCGAUGAUCUGCCAAAAUCUUUCCUUCAUAGACUUUGGCUGCUGCGCCCAGAUGCUCGAAGUACUUGCUGCGCAGCCCUCUCAGAUACUCUGGCGAGUCCUUCCGAGAAGGUUGAUGGAUUCCGCUCAACUACCAUCAACCCUCUUGAUCUGGUGACUACUGUUUUUUUAUGUGCUAACACUUUCCUUCAGCAGGAGAUAACAGCACAUAUGCUGCAAUGCCAGUUUGCCGUGCCCCUGAUUCUUCCGCAUGUAGAUGAUGAAGAACCCAGUAGCUUUCUGCUUUGGCCUUUGAGAGGGGUCGUGAGACAAUGGAGGCCCGACACUGAAAAAGUUCAAGAGGCAGUUUUGGCAAGUACACCCAUGCCAAUCAUCUCGUGUGUGAGGCUUGGUUCCUGUCGUGUCUCAAAGUCCGAGGUGCUGAAUCAUGUCAUGGGCAGUGGAACGUUCCUCCACGAAGGGAUGGAAGGAGGACGAUUACCUCGAAGCCUCUCCAACGGUCUUGUCGAGGCUGCAUGGUAUCUUCCAACAGGAAACUCUCACACAGACAUUUUUCCAGUUCCAGUGGUCUUCUCAAAUCUCCGGGGAGAUGCAAGCACACAUGAGAAUUGCCUCUACUUUCUGAGCCAAGCGUCUUCGGCCGUUAUUGUUUUCUGUGACAAUCCUGAGGAGAAAACAAAACAACUUCUCGCCUCCUGCAACGUAAUGGCAAGCAAGCUCAUUUUGAUUGACCUGGCUGAGACUGAGAAUUGGAAGGACAGAUCAGUGAAGUUUGUCAGUGAUAGCCUUCAGGAGACGACAGCUCUUCCAGACGCAUCGAUCAUCUCAGGAAAAGCUUUGAAUGCAGAGAACCUUGCGAAUGUUCUUUGUGAUACCGUCAAGCGUUUGCUACCAGACUUGAGACUCGUAACACUCGAAGAAGCAGCAAAGUUAGCAGUGACGGUCGGGCUUCAUUGCGACGAAGGGACGGUCUGUAAAAAAAACAUGGGCAGAGCAGAAGAUGUUCUGAAAGGUUUACAUGAGGGACCUGAGGUGUUCAGGCAGAAGCAACUUCCGCUACAAGGUGCUUUGUGGAGCCGAUUGGCUGAAAUUGAGAAAGAUGAAAGUCGAAAGAACAAAGAAAGAAAAGAGCUUGAUCCACGAUUGCAAAAUGAGAAAAAAGACAUCAUGGGUCGUUUGAGCAGAUACAAAAAGACUUCAUCCAUGAAGCAUUUCACAAAUGCUCUUUCAACUCCAGAUAAAGCUGAGAGAAUGUACUUCCUCAAUUGGAUGAGGGUGAAACUUCGACUACUCCAGAUGCAAAAACAAAUCAACCUCAAAGAUCUGCUAAGUCAGAAGACAAUGGAGAAAAACGGCAUUCCUGAGCACCCGGACCUUCCGAGUGUCGCUAACGAUGACGUGGAUGAUAGCGACAGUUUUUACACAGAUUCAACAUUUCAGGGUGGGGACGUCGAGACGGUUCCAGAUACCAAUCAGGAAGUUGCGGACUCAGGGAAAGAAGUCGGUUCAAAGCUUAUUUUCCAAACACAAAACAAUGUCAGAUCAGAGAAUGACUAUGAGGACAAGACUUCCUCUGCAAAGGAACAAACGUGGCAAGAAAUGUUGGUCAAAGAUGAGGAAAUAGCAUCUGUACAUUCAUGUUUGCGUAGGCUGACGCAAAGAAGAGCUAAGAAUCUGGAGGUCAACGAUUUUGAGAGUGACUUGGCUUUGGAGCCUAGUGAAAACAAAGGAACAGAGUCUCUGCAAAAUGAAUUUCCAAUUUCAAAAGACAAACCAGGUUCUUUGUUGUUGGAAACUGGAACCUUAGACGUUCAAGGGACUCAAUUUAGUGCAUCAACAAUUCAGGAGUCUUCUAGAGACGAACAAAGCUACCAGGAUGCAUUUGUUGGAGAUCAGACAAGUGCACGGUCAUUUUUGCUGAGGUUCAAGAAGCGUCACAAUCUGCAGGUCACUGAUUCAGAGCGUGAAGAAGGUUUUCAGACCCAAAAGCAGCAACCAGGUGAAAAGGCAACCCUUGAGAAUGACGCUGAAGAACAAAUCGUCCAAAAUCCAUUUGUUGAAGAUAAGGCCAUCACAUUUGCAAAGCCGUUUUUGCUGGAGCUUGAGCAGUUUACAGAUGAGGACCUUGAGGUCGUUGAUUCGGAGAGUGAAAUAGCUUUCGAGCACAGUUUUCAAAUCCCAGCCAAUGACAAAUCAGAGUCUCUGCCAAAUGGACAUUGUGACUCUUCAAAUGAAGAGAUCCUGAGUGAAGGCGAAAAAUCUUCAGCUUUUAGAGAUGCUGAAAGCUUAGAUGGCAGCGAAGCAACCUCUCAGGAGACUUUUUCCGCAAAAGGACCGCAAGCUGCGUCUACCGAAGGUCAGGUAGAAUUUUCACUGGGACUUGAGCACUUUUUGCGUGAGAUGGGCCUCAUUUUUGAACUCGCCCACAUCAGCCCCGGUAGCGGGAGCCAUAACGAACUGCGACUCCCAAAUCUUGCCGCUGACUUGCUCCUCAGCGGGAUUCCACUCGAACUUAUGGACGGAGACGCUUCGAAUAUUCCAAAGCACUGGCUCGGCAAUGUCCUUGCAGAAAUUAAACAUCGCUUCCCUCGAGAACGCUUGAAGGUUCUGACGAGUCUUGGAGUGCAUCAAGCAAGGAAUGCUGAGAUCCUUUCGGCAUUAUUUGGGGUGACAUUUCCAGAUGGAUGCAAAAGCUCCGCAAAAGGCCUCUACAUGGUUUCCCUUCAAGUCCCGCCCAAGUUCAAAAAGAAGCUCAACUGUGAUUUUCUCCUGCUGAUGGAUGUCGAGGGGCUCUGCUCUUCAACCGACGGUCAGUUAAGCACUUGGGUCAGAGAUAACGAAAUGGCAACCGUGGCAGCUGGAAUGAGCGACGUCUUAAUUCAAAACCUCUGCUCACGUUCAGCUUCCGAGCUUGAGACGAACCUCACGCUCGCGGUCAACGCUUUGUUACGCAUCAGAGAAUGCGGCUCCGUGCCCAUCUGCAAAGCUUUAGUCCAGGAUGACGGGAUAAAUACCUCAUUAGAAGCCACGCAGUUACAACGUGUGUCGAAUAUUCUGAAGACUGGCGAGAGAACCCUUGGAGAUGCUGACAACAUGAUUGAUCAUUCGAAGAAAUCAAUUCCCUACGUUAGACCGUGGUACAAUGAGCCAAUCUCCAAAUCUGUUGACAGCGAGCACAGUGAGGUGAUGCUGAAGUUGAAGCGUACAAUGUUUGCGGCAUUGAAAGAGGCAGUCCCGCCAUCAAAAAUAUGUGCUUGGCAGGAUUUGUUGGCCCGUUUGUGUUUUGUUUGGGACGCGGUCAAAUCAGAAUCCUUCUCUGUUAGCCUGCAAAAUAAAGACAUCGGUAUGGCGUUGUCGAUAUUUUGCGCUGAGAUUUUCCAGUGGGAGGAAAGUUUGUGGGAACAUAUGGAAGGUUGGCUCACGCAAGCCACUAAGACGAUCCAUUCCACCGAGCCAGAUGCUACGGAUCCUUCCAGCCAAAACGACUUUCUGUGCGAGUUACAAUAUGAAGCUAGACGAGAGGUCAAAAGGGAAGUUAACAAACACAAGUCACAUUUGAAGGGCGCUUUGAAGGAAAAUAAGCUUGAUGACGACGUUACCAUCUUAAAAAGUAUCCUCUUUAGCAAAAUGAUGGAGCUCGAAGAGCGAGUAACGACGACGACGAUCGAAAGACUGGAAAGAAUCAACGAGGAGCAUUUCUCUUCCACUCAGCACAACCGAAUGGAGACCGUGCUGGAAUUGGAGCAAAAUGCCAGGGUUCAGAAACUUUUAGACAGCAGUGGAUCCGAAAACCACUUUGUCAAAGAUGAAACUCUAGAAGAAGAAUUUGAGGACGCAUGGAAGGAGUCGUUGUCCAAAUUUGAUUUCAGACCUUCAGAAACAGACGAUAUUACCCAAAGAGUAUCGAGACUUCUCACAGCAAACAUCUGCAGCCAAGGUCUCCAAAAACACUCGUAUAAGCUUAUGGAUUUCGGUCAAAAUCAGGCGACGUUCUUCAGAGUGCACGAUGAGUACUUUGGAUACAGUAGCAGAAUGAAAAACUUGUUUGAAAACAACAAAUCACCAAAAGUUAAAGCUCAGCAACUUGCAUGCAACGUCAUGGAGCAUUACAAGCAGUUUGUCGACGAAAAAGUCAGUUUACCGCAAGACUUCUCCGACAGUUACAUCACGGAACUUCUCGAGAUGAUUGAUAAAACCUUGCAAGAAGCACAACUGGAAAUCAAAACAGCCUUUGGGGUCGAUCUAAAAGUUUUUGUUUGUAACGCCGCUUGCAGAGAUUUCCAAAAAGUCCACAAUCGCUUCGCCAAGGACGGAGAACUCCUGAAGUCCAUUAAAGGCAAAAAAAGUGUACUCACGGCCGAUUUCAUUUAUCAGUUCAGAAAGAGAGACCAGCGUCAAAAGUUGGCUCGUAGGUUCAUCUCUGACAUCAUCCAACCAAUAGUGAUGGACUACGUCUAUGAACCUCUUGGCAUGCAAAUUGCAGAGGAGAUCCAAAGUAAAGCCCCAAAGCAUCUCUCCCCACAGGCCUUCCACAAGAGUUUGCUGGAAGAGAUCAUUAUGAAAGACCAAUUUGAAAGCUUCACAGAGUACUUAUUUUCCUACGACACCUUCAGGUUGAGGAAGAUCCAGGAGACAGUCGUGACUCAUUUGUCAGACUGGAAUGUGAAUACGUGGAGGCUCCAGCGUCUCGGGGAGAUCGUCGGUAACGUUGCGUCAGCCGUGAGCCAAGUCACAGUAGGGGACAGCCAAGUGCUAAGUGACACCAAGCCAAUUCUAAAGCAAGUGUGUCUCGUCCUGGAGGAUUCUGGAGACACGUGCAUUCCCUGGGAGUCCCUGGAGGGACCGCUUUAUAGUAUCACCACGGAAUGGGAUCACUUUGUCACAUAUUUCAUGGAGUUGCUGGCGGAACUGCGCCUGAACCUCGCACAGGCUUUUUCCCAACACAUGAGUGGCGACCAACUGCUUGACCGCCUUCCCACUCAGCCAAGAGACUGCCUUUUCAACAAACUCAAAGGCUGCCAUGCCCGAUGUCCAGCGUGCAGUGCACCAUGUGAAGUGGAACAAACUGGACAUGAGCUUCACGAGACCUUGCUCCACAGGCCCAAAUGCAUGUCGGAGCCCACUUCUCUGAUCAGCCCUGAAAGCACAAACCUAGAUAACCUGGAAGCACAAGAUAUCACUGUGGCUUGCUGGCAACUCCAAGACCUCCAUCCAGACUGGAAUCUUUCAACCAAAGAGGCGAGCAGCAGUCCUUACUGGAGGUAUGCGUUAGCAAGAUUUAGCGAGAGGUUGGCAAAGAAAUACAAUCAGAAGCCACCAGUGAUUCCAGAAGAGUGGAAGGCCAUCACGAAAAAAGAGGCCUUGGACAGUCUGAGGGACGACGGCCUUCUCAGUGGACAGCCUUAAACGCUAGCCAAGUGCAACACAUCCAAUGCAUUAUGUACUAGUAUUGAAAUGUGUCAUUUCUUUCCUCCUCUCUCUGUGUUUUGGACAAAAGGAACAAAGUUUGCUCAUCAUCGAACAGCAACGUAAUUGGUUAGCCAUGCUGCGAGUGAAAACCUAUUCAAAUGAUGCUUUCCGUGACUUAAAAAAAACGGAUUGGAAUAAUAAAACUAUAUUUGUUUUUGCUAGCUAUCGCUAGCUAGCUCACAUCUAUCGCACUUGUGAUGGAAACCCCAAAUCCUGAUUGGUCGAAUAACUCAGGAAUCACUCGGCAACUCAGGUCUGGAAUCUGCUUGGGUAAAAGUUGUGACAUUGAUUGUAUUGUAAAUAUCAUUUCCACGGAUUAUGACACAUCCACUGGCACUUCAAUUGUGAAGGAAGAGGAGUGAUUCAUCACUGACAAUAGAGGCUGUUUGGAAAUGAUCAUCACUGAGGUUUGCAGAGAAUGUGAAUGUCAUUGAAAUCAAUUAACAAAAUAAAGCAUGCGUGGAAAGGCCUUGCA